AUGGAGGAAGUACUAAGGAUUGUAGAACCUCAAAAAGCUUCUUAUAAUUCAACCAAAGAGCAGCUCCCGAGAAAAUGUGUAGAACUACACCAGAACCUGUUUGUAGAUUCCGUGCCAGAAUCGAAAAACUGGGUUAAAGAUGUAUUUCCCAACGCAGCAAUCUACAGGGGUUUCGAUGAACUACUUUGGGGCUACUUUAUCAUUGCUGUCUAUAAGAGUUCAACUUCUAGUAAGCUGAACUCACUCAUAAUGGAUAAGUUAGGAACAACACAUUACGAUGCGGUAAAUAUCUCCCGAAAAUCUCGGUUCUAUCCUGCAGUCGAGAACUUAUCGCCAACUAAUCGUGAGUCAAGCGUUAGAAAGUGUAUCGCUGUCUCAUUGCUACAAAAGUUUGCCGAUUUGGAUCCCAUCUUGGUGCCUAAGCUUCAGCCGCAAAUGAAAUACGAUUAUGAUCCUACAGCAGCUGGUGACCUUGCUAACAACUGUCAGUUGAUAGGGUUCUGCCCCCCUGGAGAUAUAGGCAAAAGUUUGGACUGCCUGGGCCUCCUAAGGCCUCGUUAUUCUGGAUCCUUACUUCUCGACGUUGUUUAUGAGCACAAAGAAUCCGCCAUCGAGGCCAACAAUGAGCUUGUUUUCCACCUUGGGGAUCAAUUAGAACAAUUAUUCGACCCAUUGACAGAAUACUCACCAGAACAAACAGAAAUCAUAUACAAGUCACCAGAGGGUAACACGCUUGUGGAAAAGGACGAUACUAUCGUAUCAAUGAUAUGCAAUGAAAUGCUACAGGUACAAACCAAUUUCACCCUCACACUAGUAGAGUUUCUUCAAAAAUUCUUAAUCCCCCUCCGAAUAGAGGUCGCAAAUGAAGAAAUUGCAGGUCUUUCCAUACCAAAACUAAAUCGUUUAUUCCCUCCGACGAUUGAUGAGGUGACUAGAAUUAAUUGUAUCUUCUUAGAUGCAUUAAAGGCAUCCCACUCUUACGGCUCACAAGAGUUGCUGAAGGCAUGCAGCGUUACCAUACCAUACUUUUACAAAGCUUACACAAGACAUGACGCGGCCACCAAAGACUUUUCAAAGCAACUCAAAGAGUUCUUGGCUAAAUUUCAUGAUGCACUACCUGGCCGCGAGUUUUAUACGCAAAUGAAAAUUGAUGCUAUUAUUAAAAGUCCUCAAGAAACCAUUUUGAAGAUAAAACUAAUCAUUGAUAGGCUUUGGUCAACCAAAAAAUGGGCCUUAGGCAAUGCACACUUGGCAGAAGCUCAUUAUUUGAAAAUUUGUGACAUCAUCGACUCUUUUGGAGCUGAUGAGAAGCCAUUGAAAUCCUACAACACGAGGGUUUUCACUCCAUCUGGAAAGCUUUUAACUGAGCUAGCUAGGGGCUGGCCCACAGAACUACAAUAUAACUGGCUGAAAAGAAGAGUCGUAGGUGUUUUCGAUGUCAUGGAUUCAAAUGAUAAUACGCAGAGGAAUAUUCUUGUUAUUUUCAGUGACUACAUCGUAAUUCUUAACGUCAUCGACACCAGCUCUUAUUACGACAGCUAUGCAGGCAAAAAGCCACUUCUUUCUGACGUUUUGAUGAACUCGCUCAUUAAUGAAGUUCCUCUUCCACCAAAAGUUCCUGAGUUACGAGUUGCUAAUUACUUUUACGUCAAUGAUGUCGCAGCGUCAACCUUCGGGACUGAUAUGAUUCGAAUCGAUCAUCUGAACUCAAACAAUGUCACUGCAGUUGCUGCCAAGAUUAUCUCAUCGUCGCUAACAGGUUCAGAGGUCGUUAAUUUGAUAGCUAAAGCAAAGAUUUUAGAAAAAGAGACUGCAUUCCACCUUUUUCGCUACACAGACGAGGAUCUUCAAGUUUUUUCCACUGCGCAUGAAGUCAAUGCUUACGCCAUGGAGAGGAUAAGAUCGAGGUUUUCUCUAUUUUUAAACAUGAAUCAAAACCAGAAGGUGCUAAAAGACUACAACCUAGUCGUCGCGUUUUUCGCCUCGCUGGAGCCAGAUGGCACUGUCGCCCUGACAGAAUUGACUUGUGAUGGAAGAGAAAAGCACUUUACUGUGGAGCUGCAGAACUUGGUACGAACCCUAGUGUCAGAAUUCACGACGCUUUACAGUCAGUUUUAUUCCACGGCUCGGUCUCCUUUUUUAAGUGAACUGUUGGAGAUCAAUAGUCAAUUAGUCAAAAGAGUCGGACAUCAUUUUAGCGAAGAUGCUAAGCUUGCACCAACUUUAGCCGAAGACAACUCUCCCGCUGGGACUUUUCCGCUGUUAAUAUCGAGACCUGAGUCCCUUCCAAUCACAGCUACUCUCAAAAGUGCGAAGGAUGACUUGAGUCAUGAAAUCAAACCUUCGGAAGAGCGGACCCAGCAAAGUAAAAAGAAGCGCGCCGAAGGUAAGGAGCUAGAUCAGAAGCACCAAGUCAUUAGAAAAAAUAGCGAGACACUGCUAUUGACAUCUAAACAGAAGAGAAGAAGCAUAAUUGGCAGGAUUUCAGGUCUGUUCACUAAAAAGAAGGACCUCAAGUCGAAGAAAGUCAUUUCCGACAGCACAAGAGGUGCACGCAGGAUAACAGCAGCAGCCAAUGUUGAAGGCGGUACGAAAGGGUCAAACAGCUCACACACCGUUGUACAGCGCAUGAGCUCCAUCAUACAUGUUCCUUUGUCAACGAACAGCAUCGACGAAAAGGCGAGCAUAUCUACCACUGAAACCUCUGUGAAACGAUCUCGCGGCUUUCACGAACCUCAUUCUCUAAGCGAUAAGGUAUCUAGCAAGGAUGGCACACCACUUUCAGCUUCAGAAAAGCAUCUAGACGAUGAUAGAAUGUCUCCUUCUCAGAACCGAAGAUUUUACGGAGUAAAUCAAGAAGAGCGUGAAAGUAAACUUUUCAAUCAAGACCUCUACGGAGAUGCUUACAUGGGGGCUGAAAAUGAGGACCAAUUGAUGGUCGCUAAAAGCCGAAGCGACAAUAGUUCUGUACAGCGAAUGCCUUCACCUUCAGAAAGACUUACGCGGAUAGCGCAGCCUCCCUCAGUGAAACCUGGUGCCAGCGAACUCCUAAAAACUAGUCGGGCUAGCCCUAACGACAGGAAAGACCACGAAGAGUUUAAGUCUUCAAGAGAGGCUACAGAUGCAGGCGCUAACAUCAAUCACGAAGACGUACGCCGCAAAGACAUAUUUCCUGAAAUUAAGAAAUUAGGCAUUGGGAGUAGUCAAUUCGUAAGAUCUCCUUCGUUCACGGAGUUUUUUGAAAACAUGAGACUUGUAUUGGAUGAAAGCGACGAGUCAUCAAACUGGAAGACGCUGCCGAGUGAAAUGUCGCCGAAAUCUAAGCAAAACGCUAUCAAAGAUGGGGCAGCAUCACAUGCUUUCAGCAGGUUUGUACCUUUCAACAGACGAGCGACUGCUGCGGAAGCAUCGCUAUCACAAUUUCCGCAGAAAAGUGCGGACGUGCCGCCAGCUACAACAUUAGAAGCACCUGAUUAUGUUGGUCCUUCGAACUUUCAGGUAAAUGAGCCUCUGGGAAUACAAAGCAGCGCAAGUCGGAUCAUAAAUGUUACGGAGUCGGCACCAGAGCCGCCAUCGCCAAGUCUUAAGGGCAAAUCCGGGUUUAAGGUUGUACAUCACACAUCUCCUAAACUCAUCAGCUUCAAUCCAAACUCUACCACCACUUCGCCAGAAAGAAAGGAAUGGCAACCGGUAGAGAGGCACGGCAAAAACUCGAUAAUGGCAACAACGCCAGGAGACGGGUGCCAGAACAUGUCACUCGACAGUUUUUCGAAUGGAGAAGUUGCCGAUGGGUCUAGAAGACAAGCAAAUAGUCAAUCAAGCAGCAGUAUUGACCGCAAGGAUGGCCUCGGAGAAGCAAGGAUGGCCCUUAUAAGUUACACUCCAUCUGAGCGCGAACAAAGUCCUACAGGCAGAAAUGCUACUACCGGACAACUUCUGAACGAUCCUGACUUUAGUUCUUUUCAUAUGAGCUUCAGCGGAAAUGACGAAACCUUCGACUCAUCCCGAUAUGAUCAGCCAUCUACGAUGGGUCCACGCACUAUACUUGAACAGCCUCCGGUAGAUACUGCGCCUAUUUUCUACCGCUUGCCUGCGAUUGAAAGAUCUACUGAUACCUUCUUCACAUGUACCGAUGGUACCACGGGCAAAGGCGGUUUUAUUCAAAAUGCCCAUAAAUUUUCAGAAAGCGAGGAUCUCGAUGACGCAAUGUGGAUUUCACCCAGCAAGCUCGACAUGUUUGACCUGAGUAAACAGCCUGAAUCAGUUUUCGCUCAGAUAAGUCUUAAGACAAAAAGAAGAUACAUUGAGGAGAAACGGCGCAAUCCGAACCCCAUCGACUCGCCGCAAGAACAAGCGCUUUUACCAGAUUCUUCAUAUGCAUAUUUACGGGGACUCUUGGUACAUACCGAUGAUGAGGAUGACGCAGAAGACUCUGAACCGACACGUCUAACAUUUUACAAGUAA